AUGGCCGCAGCAGCCAUUGCCAGCCUGUUAGCCUCGGUAGGGCAACUUAUUGCUGAGCACGAUGGCAAGUUCCCCUGUCUUCUGCAGGCACAGACAGCCCUGCGGGCAUUUGCAGCCGUGGCAUUGUCGCGAACAGCAUACGAGGUAGUUUGCCGGAUACCUUGGCGGUCCAUCGGGCAUCGCCCCUUGCAAGACGCGAGCCGGAAGCUACAAAUCCAGCUGCAAACAGCGACAGAGGAGUUGAGCAUCGUCAAAUCGGAAGUGGAAUCCUUGACGAUGGAGAAGCAGCAUCUCGAGGCCCGGAUGCAGCGAUCCGAAGCAUCUCGCGAACAAUUGCGUGGGAGCUUUGCAUCGGUUCUGUCUCGCCUGGAGCGGUCCGAAAGAGAUGAGUCGCAGCUGCGGCAGGAGAUCCUUCGCAUUAUGACACUUGCCGCAUCAGGACCACAGCCACAGAGCUAUGAUGCCCAUCCGGGCCUACAGAGCACAGAGAUUCCUGCAGACUUCACCUUUGCGCCAAGCACACCCUCGUCGACAAGGUCAAGCCGAAAGCGCAAGACGGACCAGCGAUGUGUGUCCAGUACUCGCUUUGCCGAUUCGUCACUGGCCAGGACCGGCGAUGCCAUCAGCGAGUCUUCCUUCGAGGAUGAGCGAGAAGAGGGAAAUGAAACUCCACCGGAUUCUGAAGACACCGCAACACCAGACACCGCCAAACGAGAUUGCGGCGACAGUCCCCAAAAGCAAUCUCAUCGUGACAGCCGCGCCUCCAUGAAGCCUCGCACGGAGCAACAGACCGGAGAGGCCGAAGCCUUGGUAGCAGAGGCAGCCGAGGCAGCCAACGCGAGCUCGGGGACGCGAGGGAGUCAGGCCAAGCGCCAGCGGCUAAGCUCGAGGAGCGCACGUGCAGCACGACGAGGAUCUCAUGGUCAUGGCGGUCAUGGAGUGCACAUCGUCAUCAGGAAGUCCCGCGACAAGCCCUAG